GACGACUUCGACUUCUCUGCUGUGAUAGAGCCUCCAGCACCUAGGGCUCAGCUGCAGAGAGACGACAUGGCUCUUGAUGAAUACGAUCUCUUCAACGAAACGGACACAUUUGCGAAUGUCGACCUCGACACGAUCGCGGCGCUAGGGCCCGCUCGUCGUUCGACCCAGGUUGGAGUGGAGCAACCACCAGCCAUCAGCCGGCUUCAGGAAGGCGACGCACAGAUGCGCAGUCAACGCACAGCACAUUCUGGGAGCGUAUCUGCAGCCUCGACACAAUACACAUUCGACGAGGUAAAUUCGGCUUUCCUCGAUGAAGUCGAGGAAAUCGAACGCAAUGCAUACAGAUCGGAGCAACCUUCUGCAGAUGCUGAACGCGACAUGAGUCCUAGUCCCGUCUCAUCGCAAGCCCUCCCACCUACGCAACGCGUCGUUGCUGCGCCGCCAAGUUUCGGCACAUCCAGAACGACAACAACCACCCGGAGCCUGCUGGGUAGCCAGACCUCCGAUACCUCGCUAACCAAGCGCAAACGGUCCACUCUUGGGGACGUGAACCCCACCGCGAGCAAGAAGAGCAAGGGCAAGGGGAAAGCAAAAGACCCUCACGCCUCCGCGCGUGCCAUCCUGACCGAUAUGGCGGACAGUAUGCAGUGUCCCAU